UUGACAACUGCUGAAAGGCAAAUAAACACCACAGUCACCAGCCAUGGCUGCAAUUUCUGCAGGUAGUGGGGGUCAUCUCCCAAAUCUCAAUUGCUCAGCUAUCAGAAACCCCAACCCCUCAUCAGUAUCUCUAUUUCUUGGCGAGAAACCCAAGCCCAGAUUAAAAUCCUUCAGUCUCACCUCAAGUCCUCCUUCAAGAGCAAUAAAUCAUGUCGUUUUCGCGCUUGGAGGGGAAAGCUUCAGUUUUUUACACGAUGUUUUCCUGGGUGUUGGGGUUGGACUUCCGUGUACGGUCAUGCAGUGUGGGGAUGUAAUAUACAGGAGCACACUACCCAAAUCCGAUGGGCUAACAAUUACUGUUCCUGGUUUGAUUUUAGCUUUGGGUACCCUGUCUUACCUCUGGGCUACCCCUGGUGUGGCACCUGGAUUUUUCGAUAUGUUUGUUCUUGCAUUAGUUGACAGGCUGUUUAGACGUAGUUUUAAGAAGGAUGAUUUUGUUUUUGAAAAGAAGUUGGGAGACGGAGCUUUCGGUUCUGUUUAUAGAGUUUCCUUGGCAAAAAAUGCAUCAUCAAAGGUGAAGGACAGUGCUUUAGUUUUGAAAAAGGCAACUGAAUUUGGAGCAGUGGAAAUAUGGAUGAAUGAACGUGUUAGAAGGGCAUGUGCAAAUAGUUGUGCUGAUUUUUUGUAUGGGUUUCUUGAGAGCUCUUCAACAAAAGGAGCAGAGUAUUGGCUCUUAUGGCACUUUGAAGGGGAAUCCACUCUUGCUGAUUUGAUGCAGAGUAAAGAGUUUCCAUAUAAUGUUGAAGCAUUUAUUCUUGGAAAUAAUCAGGACAUGCCUAAGGGGUUGGAAAGGGAAAACCGCAUCAUUCAAACAAUAAUGAGACAACUGCUAUUUGCAUUAGAUGGUCUUCAUUCAACCGGAAUUGUCCAUCGUGAUAUUAAACCUCAAAACAUUAUUUACUCUGAAGGUUCCCGCACUUUCAAAAUUAUUGAUCUGGGAGCUGCAGCUGAUUUAAGGGUUGGCAUAAACUAUAUUCCAAAAGAGUUUCUCUUAGAUCCAAGAUAUGCGGCACCUGAACAAUACAUCAUGAGCACGCAAACCCCUUCCGCACCUUCUGCUCCUGUAGCAACUGUACUCUCUCCGGUUCUGUGGCAGUUGAAUCUGCCAGACAGAUUUGACAUCUACAGUGUUGGACUCAUAUUCCUUCAAAUGGCAUUUCCAGGGCUCCGCAGUGACAACAGUCUCAUAAAAUUCAACCGCCAACUUAAGAGAUGUGGCUAUGAUUUAGUGUCAUGGAGAAAGACAACCGAACCUCGUGCAGGCCCUGAACUACAAAGGGGUUUUGAGUUGUUAGACCUUGAUGGUGGAAUAGGAUGGGAGCUAUUGACAUCAAUGGUUCGCUAUAAAGCUCGCCAAAGAAUCAGCGCAAAGGCAGCCCUGGCUCACCCUUAUUUUGACAGAGAAGGUCUUCUGGCCGUGACAUUCAUUCAGAACCUGAAGCUGCAGUUCUUUAGAGUCACACGGCAGGAUUACGGUGAAGCUGCCAAGUGGGUUAUUCAACUAAUGGCGAAGUCAGGGACACUUCAAAAUGGAGGCUUUACGGAAGCUCAACUGCAGGAUCUCAGGGAAAAAGAGUCUAAAAUGAAGCUGAGUGCACAAAGAAAUGUGCUUUCAUCGCCCAUUCGGCUUCAGAAGAGGAUAAUUAGAGCAAGGAAUGGGAGUAUUGAUGAGCUUAAACAAAGAAGGAAAAGCUUGUGGUGGAGCAAAUGGAUUCCAAGGGAAAAACCAAAACUGUAAAUACAUAGAGUUCUUGUUUCCUGUUUUCUUGUGUAUUAUAAUCCUUGUAAUGUGCAAACGGCUCUUGAUUCUUAUUCACAAUAAUUAGUUUGAAUAUCAACCAGUAACACUUGUGCCAUAACCUCCAAAUGAGGAGAGACUUCUUACGUGUUUGCCACUUGAACAAGAUAAGCUCAGAGCAUUGCGUAUUUGCGUACAACUUCCAACUUCUCUAACU